AUAUACCCUCUUGAAGUCGCCGUAUUUCAAUCGUACAAACAGCUCCAUCGAAACGCUAUCGAAAUAGCGACACGGGAAGGCUGUAUUGAUUGUAACAAAGUCGAAUUUCUAAAUGGGCUGCAUCGCGUACACCAACAAGCCUUCAAACGAUCGACAAUCUGUACAGCCUGGGAUCUGGCAGGAAUCUAG